AUGGAGCUCAAAAAGCUCAUUGUAACCCUCUUCUUUGUCGUGGCCACCAUGGGUAUUUGGAAGCGGGAUUUAGGCUGCAAGGAAACAUUCAUAGCUGGUACAGAAACAACAAGCGGCACAAUGGAAUGGGCCAUGGUUGAGCUCUUGAGCAAUCCCUCGGUCAUGUCUACGCUCAAAGACGAGCUUAACGAGGUUGUUGGAGGAGGUAAAAAAUUCCAAGAGGCCAACAUUGAUAAACUCAAGUAUUUGCAGGCGGUGGUGAACGAAACCCUUCGGUUGCAUCCUCCAAUUCCGCUCUUGGUUCCUCGAAAAGCAACUCAGGACACCAAUUUCAUGGGGUACAACGUACCCAAAGGCACCCAACUGUUUGUCAAUGUUUGGGCAAUCGGAAGAGAUCCCGAGUGCUGCGAAAUUCCAGACACUUUCAGGCCUGAAAGGUUUCUGAACUCAAAUAUUGACUUCAAAGGGAACCAUUUCGAGUUGAUACCGUUUGGUGCGGGCCGAAGGAUGUGUGCUGGCGUUCCACUAGCUUAUCGCAUGCUCCACCUCGUUCUGGGCUCUUUGGUGCACGAAUUUGACUGGGAUGUUCACAAUAGCGUCGCUGAUGACCUUAGGGACACAAAAGAGAGGAUGGGGGUCGUGGCAAAAAGACUCGGCCGUUGA